UUUAUUUUUAUAUUGACAUAAUCUUUUUAAAAGCAUCUUUAUUUAUAAAUGUUAUUUUGUUAUUAUCAUAAAAAAAAAAAUUGACACAAAUAUGAACUCUCGUAUAAUAAAAUAUCAAUUUCAAUAUUACAUUCACUGCCCCUUAAUUUACCAACUUAUUCUCCGAUAUAAUAAAGUGGGAACAGAGGAAAGGAGGAAGAAAAUAAAAUAUCAGAUGACCUUUUCUUGCAUCAAGAAAAAUAUAGGAUUGCCAUGCCACCUACCAUUUUAAUGUAACAAAUCAGAGUAAGCCACGACAAAACAACAAUCUAACUUGCAGGCCACUAGAUAUAGUUCUUUAAUUUUCUGCUUCCCCAUUUUCCAUUACCUUUCUUUCAGUCCGUAAUUCCCUGCUGACAUCGCUGUUGCAAAUCAAGAAGAAAACAUGGCUGGAGCAUUGGUGGGUGGAGCUUUUCUCUCUGCUACUCUUCAGGUGCUGUUUGAUAGGCUGGCUCACCAUGAGGUCCUGGACUACCUUCGAGGAAAGGAAUUCAACCAAAGGCUGCUCAGCAAGUUGGAGAUGAUGUUAGUAUCUGUUAAUGCGGUGCUGAAUGAUGCAGAGGAGAAGCAAAUGACAGACCCGGCAGUGAAGAAAUGGCUGGACAAGCUUGAAGAUGCUGCUUAUCGUGCAGACGAUCUGUUGGAUGAGAUUGCAGCUGAUGCUCUGCGGUACAAGUUGGAGGCUGAAUCAACAACUGGCACAACCAGUAAGGUGAGAAAAAUGGCCAAUCUCAUUUCUCACAAUUCCUAUGUUUCUGAUAUGGAGAACAGAAUGAAGGAGAUCCUUGAGGGGCUAGAAUUUAUUGCAAAUCAGAAGGAUCUCCUAGGUCUCAAAGUCAAAGAGGGUACUGUUGGUGAGAAACCAAUACCAAGAUCACAAACGACAUCUUUGGUAGAUGAAUCUGAGGUCUUUGGUAGAGACAGGGAUAAGAAUGCUAUAAUCAAAUUGUUGCUAUCAGAUGAUGAUCAGGAGUGCAGCAAUAAUCAGGUGUCCGUGAUUCCAAUAGUAGGCCUCGGAGGGGUUGGUAAAACCACUCUUGCUAAAUUAGUGUACAAUGAUGCGAAAGUUGAGGAGCACUUUGAUCUCAAAUCAUGGGUUUGUGUUUCUGAGGAGUUUGAUAUUUGCAAGGUAACAAAAACAAUCCUUGCUAAAUUAAUUCCAUCAGAUUCUAAUUAUGAUAGCAUAGACUUGGAUUCCCUUCAAACGAGGCUAAAAAAGGAGCUGGAAAGAAAGAAAUUCUUGAUUGUUUUGGAUGACAUUUGGAAUGAAAAUUACAAUCGUUGGAAGGAACUGAGCAUGCCUUUUAACUACGGGCCUGAAGGAAGCAAGAUUAUUGUAACCACACGCAACGAAAAAGUUGCAGCCAUCGUGAGCACUGUUCCAACUUCUUAUCGUCUUAAGCUCUUAAAAGAUGAGGAUUGUUGGAAGCUCUUUGCAAAGCAUGCAUCUGAUAAUAUUAGAGACUGUAGUGCACAUCAUGUCCUGGUAAAAUAUCGUAAAGAUAUUGUCAAGAAAUGCAGCGGACUACCCUUAGCUGCAAAAACACUUGGAGGCCUCUUGCGCUCAAACGAAGUCAGAGAAUGGGAAAAAAUAUUGGAGAGUAAGAUUUGGGAUUUACGGGACAAAGAGAGCAAAAUUCUACCAGUUUUGAUGUUAAGUUACCACUACCUUCCCCCACACCUAAAGCGGUGCUUUGCUUUCUGUUCAAUAUUCCCAAAGGAUUAUGUGUUCCAAAAGGAUGAAUUGACCUUGUCGUGGAUGGCAGAAAACCUUUUGCAGAAAUCAAAAAAUAAGAGAACGGAAGAUGUUGGUGAGGAAUAUUUUAGUGAGUUGGUGUCCAGGUCGUUUUUUCAAGGAUCAACUAGUGCAGAAUAUUCUCUUUUUGUCAUGCAUGACCUUGUUCAUGAUUUAGCCAGAUAUGUAUCAAGGGGAUAUUGUUUUACAAUAGAUGAUAUCAACUCGGAGGAAGUUGUGAUGAGGAAGGUGCGUCAUCUAUUAGUUCUAAAUGAUACUUGCCAUGAGAGAUUAGAAUCUAUCUUCGAAGCAAGACAUUUGCGCACCUUUGUAGUAGGUAGAUUUGGUCUUUCAGCCACUAACUUAUCCAAUGGAUUAUUGAAUGGGGUAGUCAUGAAGUUGAAGAGGUUGAGAGUAUUACGCUUCUGUAGAUGUUAUAAUUUGGUGGAGUUAUCUGAAUCAAUUGGUGAACUAAAGCAUCUUCGUUAUCUUGACCUCUCUUGCACUAGGAUUAUAAGAUUACCCGAAUCUAUAAGUACGUUGUACAACUUAGAGGUGUUAAAUGUGUCAUUUUGUUCUAAGCUGACAGAGUUGCCUAAAGAUAUGCAUCAUCUCGUUAGUUUGCGGCAUCUUGAUAUCAGUUGUACUAAUAUAGUAGAGAUACCAAUAGAUAUAUCUAAGUUGAAAAGUCUUCAGAGAUUAAGUUAUUUCAUUGUGGGAAAAAAAAAAGGGACCAAGAUAGUAGAGUUGGGGGAGCUUUCAAAUCUUCGUGGUGGACUUGAAAUUAAGAAUUUAGAGAAUGUUGCAAGUGCCAAGGAUGCAUUAGAAGCCAAGUUGAUGGAGAAGAAGUAUCUGGAAGGGCUGGUGAUGCGUUGGAAUGGUGAUACUGAUGAUUCAAAACAUGAAAAGGAUGUACUUGAUAAGCUAUUUCCCCAUACAAACUUGAAGAGGCUUUCCAUCAAGGGAUAUGGAGGUACGGCAUUUCCAAAUUGGUUAGUAGAUGGUUCAUUCUGAUUGUAAAUUUUGCACUUGUUUGCCACCAAUUGGACAACUACCCUCCCUUAAAAAUCUUAAGAUAGGAGGACUUGAAGGAGUAGUGAGUGUGGGUGCUGAGUUUUAUUACGGAAUGAAUAAUAAUGGUUCUUGUAUGAGAAAUGCUUUUGAAUCGUUAGAAUUCUUGAGCUUUGAGAGGAUGUCAAACUGGGAAGAAUGGUGUAGAGUUGAGGUUGAAGGUGGAAAAUUUUUCCCUAAGCUGCAACAACUCAAAAUAAGAGAUUGUGAUAGGCUAGUUAGGAUUGAAUUGUCUCACAACUUUCCAUCGUUAGAAUUCUUGAGCUUUGAGAAGAUGUCAAACUGGGAAGAGUGGUGUAUAGUUGAGGCUGAAAAUGGUGAAGUUUUCCCUAAGCUGCAGCGACUCGAAAUAAGAGAUUGUGAUAGGCUAGUUGGGAUUGAAUUGUCUCAUAACUUUCCAUCUUUAACAGAGCUAAUAAUUGAUGGGCAUAACGUUGCUGUUUCGUCGCUCCCGGCGACCCCCGUCCUUCGUGAGUUGAGGUUAGGCGGCAGGUAUGAGAAACUAAAGCUACAGGAUCCGUUCCUGCCACAAACACUGAAAAUUAUUGCGAUAGGAACCCCUGGAGUUAAGCCAAAUUCGAUAGUAAUCCAAAAUAAUAAGAACGUAGAAUUCCCAUUGCCCGACUCACUCAGAAGGUCAUCCAUUGAAAAGGUUCGGAUAUGGAAUAGUUGUGGUUCACUUGAUUGCUUUCCUCUGGAUUUCUUUUCCAAUCUCAGGAACCUUUUAAUUUCAAGGUGUGAAAAUCUAGAAUCACUGACGGUCACAGAGUCGUCGGAUGACAUAAUCCCUCUGUCACGACUGUUUAUACUUGAUUGUCCCAAUUUUAUAAGUUUUCCACGUAACGGCAGAUUGCACGCCCCCAAUCUGACUCAUCUCAAAUUAGAAGGUUGCCAGAAAUUAAAGAAGCUGCCAGAGCAAAUGAGUAACCUCCUCCCAUCUUUGAACUCCUUGAUGAUCUCUAAUUGUCCAGAGGUGGAAUCAUUUCCUGAAGGCGGUCUUCCUUUUAAUCUGUCUCUUCUUAAAGUUGGCUGCGAGAAAUUGAAGGCAUUUCCUGAAGUCGAUCUACUUCCUAAUCUGGCUAAACUGAUAGUUUGGAAAUGCAUGAGAUUAAAGGCACUACCAGAGCAAAUGCGUAACCACCUCCCAUCUUUGGACCUCUUUGAGAUCUGUGAUUGUCCAGAGGUGGAGUCAUUUCCUGAAGGCGGUCUACCUUUGAAUCUGCAUACUCUUCGGGUAUCCAACUGCUCUAAACUGUUUGCACAGCGAAUGAAGUGGAAUUUGCAAACACUCCCGGCUCUUACACGCUUUUCAAUCGUAGAUGAAGGUGGAAUCAUUUCGGAAUCAUUUCCGGAGGUGGGGUUGUUGCCUUCCACUCUUACCACUCUUAACAUCAUUGGACUUGGAAGCAUUAAGAUGCUGGGGGAAGGUCUUCAACAUCUCACAUCUCUCAAAGAAUUGGUCAUCGAGGGGUGCCCUCAAUUGCAAGAGUUUCCAAAGCAAGGCUUGCCUACCUCUCUUGAAAGAUUAAUGAUCGAAAAAUGCCCUCAAUUGCAAAAGUUGCCUCAACAAGGCUUGCCUAUCUCUCUUACUUCUUUAGAUAUCUAUGAAUGUCCUAUACUGGAAGAACGGUGCCAGCGGGAGCAAGGCCAAGACUGGAACAAAAUUUCUCACAUCCCCAACAUUAGAAUCCGUUAACUUAUAGGAGAAAGCCUUGCAUGUGCCUUGGGGAUAUCAAGAUUUGGAUGCGGAUUUCACAACUGAGCUUUUCUGGACUUGCUUCCAAUUUUCCUUGGCUUCAUGGCUUCAGAGAUCCUGCAAGAUGGCAACAAAUGCAAAUAAAUUUCUCUCAUUUUCAUUAUUUUAUUUGUUUUGGGAUUUUUAAUGUUUGUUUGUGCUUGCUAGCUGCCAUGUAUUUCUACAUCUUACUUCUGUGUUGUAUGGACAAUGAUUUUCUACAUUUACAUAUAUCAUGGAUUUUGAUGGCUUAAA